CUCUCGUUUAACACCAUGGCUCAGUAUUCGCAUGGCAUGACAGCUCCAAAUUCCAAGUAGCCUAAUUCCAACUAAUCCAUUCGCAAAUGGAAAAAUGGAAACGGAAGACGAUCAGGAAAACUUCAUUAUAUCGACAAUAAACGGCGUUAAUCUAAGCGCCCACAAUGAUACUCAGUUCGGGAACGAUUCGACGUCGGACCUUUGGGCUCAGCCUAAUUUUCGCGAAAUUUCCGUAUAUUGUGUGUUUUUCGUGGUUGCCGCCGUAGGCAAUCUGACAGUGUUGAUAUCGUUGUAUCGGUCGAGGCAUCGGAAGUCCAGGAUCAGCUUAAUGAUUACGCAUCUAGCAAUUGCUGAUUUGAUUGUUACCUUUAUUAUGAUUCCACUUGAGGUGGGCUGGCGGUUAACGGGCCGAUGGCUUGCAGGCAACAUGGCAUGCAAAGUCUUCCUAUUCCUGCGAGUUCUAGGGCCAUACCUCAGCAGCAAUAUUUUAGUAUGCGUGUCAUUAGAUAGGUAUUUCGCGGUUCUGUAUCCGCUUCGAGUGAACGACGCUCGACGUAGAGGAAAAAUUAUGCUGUCAAUUGCAUGGAGCGCAUCUUUUAUAUAUUGCAUCCCACAGUUACGAGUAAAUGAAAUGAAAUCCGCAAUUCAAGAUACUCAGUAA